AGGCGGAGCUGGGGCUGGAGGGGCGGGAGAGUCCAGAGCCGAGGCGCGCUGGAUGGCAGGGACAAUCUGGAGCUCCCGGGUGUCAGACGCCUGCUACUUGGGAGGAAGAAAAAGAAGGGGAUCAAAAAGAAAAAAGAGAGUUUCAGAAAGAGAAGUGAUAUCUUUACCAGCUUUUGGCUCUGGCUGGAUUCCCUGCUUGGCUCAGCUCUGCCUCCCCAAAUAGUAAUUCAUGAGGGGAUUAUCCAGCCAGGCUGAUUCCACAGAGCCACGAUGGGGGAAACAUUGCUCCUCCAUCGAAUUCUCUUUUUCCUGUUGCUUACUGUCGUCUGUCAGGCCCAAGAUCUUCCACUGAGCCAGGCCACCGCAGGGACGAGCUCCUUAUGUGAAAAAGAUGCUGGGUCCUGGGGAGCUGUAUUCAGUGAAGAACGCCUGGAUGCCUGGAUCUGUUCUCUGAUUGGUUCUAUUAUGGUGGGAUUGAGUGGGGUUCUUCCUUUACUGUUCGUUCCCCUUGAGGUGGGAGCAGCAUUGAAAUCAGAAGAGGGAUCGCAUCGAAUGAAGCAGCUGUUGAGCUUUGCUGUCGGUGGGCUUCUGGGUAACGUCUUUCUCCACCUGCUUCCGGAAGCCUGGGCCUACACUUGUAGUGCUGCUGCAGGAGAAGGGCAGAGCUUCCAACAGCAGAAGCUUCUGGGGCUCUGGGUGAUCAUUGGCUUACUGACCUUCCUGAGUGUGCAGAAGAUGUUCCCAGAUAGUGAAAAACAAGGAAGUACCAACUUGAUCAAUACUUGCAAACCAGUUACUGAGAGGACCCUGAAUGGCGGCAACUUAUCUAUGCAAGAUGCAAACACUCCAGUCCAAAGAAAGAAGUCCAGCCCUGCUCAUUAUAAUGGGUCUUCUCAUUUACUCUCAUCAUCAACUCAGAAAAUCAAGAUGAGUGGAUAUCUCAAUCUCUUGGCUAAUACAAUAGAUAAUUUCACACAUGGCUUGGCAGUGGCAGCUAGCUUCCUGGUUAGCAGAAAGGUUGGACUCCUUACAACCCUGGCAAUUCUUCUACAUGAAAUACCCCACGAGGUGGGUGAUUUUGUCAUUCUCCUCCAGGCUGGAUUUGAUCGCUGGAGUGCAGCCAAGCUACAACUCUCUACAGCUCUUGGGGGCAUCCUGGGUGCUUGCUUUGCCAUCUGUGCUCAGUCACCAAAAGGGACAGGGGAAACCAUCGCUUGGAUUCUCCCUUUCACCUCUGGAGGAUUCCUGUACAUCGCUUUGGUAAAUGUGGUGCCUGAUCUCUUAGAAGAAAAGAAUGUUUGGAACUCCGUGCAACAAGUCUUCUGCCUUUGCGCUGGCAUCGUUGUCAUGGUGCUUUUUUCCUUCACUACCGAAUGAGGGGCUACGGCUUCUCUUCUGCUGUUUCCACAAAGCUGCCUCCCUCUGAAGUGUUACAAAGGAGUCAGGGACACCCAGGGAUCUUUCUUCCUCAUGUGCCUGCGGAUCUGACUGCUGCUCAGGGGUGGUGAACAAAGGAAGCGUCUUUUCUUCUUUUUCUUCUUUAAACGGCACAAAGCUAGACAUCCAAAAUUUUGAGAAAAGAUGAGGGUUUUUUUUUAGAAGUGUCAGAGUGUCUUUUUUUAAAUAAUAAUAAUAAUUUAAAGGAAAAAAAAACAUAGCAGUUGAAGGGAAGGGCCUCUUUUAAUGGAACUGAUGGUGUUGUGCCUGUUGGACCAGCCUGUGUGUUGGGAUCGCUUGGACAAAACUCCACAGAGUGAAACAGAAAGCAAGAUUGCAGCCCUGCAUUGCAUGCAAUAUAUAUAUAUAUUCUGAGGUUUUCGCAGGUGUUUGUAUGUAGGUCUUGGGUUAUUCGGGUUUUCUCCCGCCUAAAAUUGGAAGUGUCUUGGCGAGGUUUCGACAAAGUCUCAUUCGUCAUCUUCA